CAGAGACAGAUCACCAGACAGACACAUAUCGGAAACAAAGCAAAGCAAAGAACAGAAACAGAGGUGCGAAGAAGAACAGAUGAUGAUGCGAUACAAAGAGGAAAAAGAAGCCAAAAAGGAAGCUUUUAGAAAAUAUCUGGAAUCAAGUGGAGCUGUGGACGCUCUCACCAAAGUUUUUGUUGCUUUAUACGAGCAAAACGACAAGCCUUCUUCUGCACUUGAGUUCAUUCAACAGAAAUUAAGCUGUCCCUCCAUCUCAGAAUAUGAAAAAUUGCAAGCUGAAUUCUCUGAUCUACAAAUUAAAUAUAAUGAGCUUUUCACAGCGCACCAGAAUACCUGCAAAGAGUUAGAAGAAAUGAAAAGCUCACAUGCCUUGGCAAUGGCAUCUACCAAUGAAGCAAUUGACAGUGAAUCUCCUAAAGAUGGUCUCUAAAGCUUCUGCGUCAAAACAUACAAUUCUUGGGAUUCUGGGGUUCCAUGCAGCCAUGCAGGUGUAUUUAACCUGGUUUGCAAUUUUUCUGAUGCUUUCCUUUUCUUGUUUCUUCUUUUUGGGCGAUGACUCUUAAUUGAUUUUGGUUUAUUCAUUUUCUUGUCUGUGCUGGGUUAUGUUGUAACUUGUAAUUUCACAACAAACCAAAUUCCACUUUUUUAUUAAUUAAAUGGGGACGGUGAUAAUCGAACCUGAGACAUGAGGCUUUGAUAUCAUGUAAAGAACCAUUUUAACCUAAAAUUUAAGCUGUUAGGUGAAGGUUAAUUAAUGAUUUAUAUAUUUCUCUAACAUUUUUCAACUAGAAAAAAAAAGGUGAAAUCAAUUGAUAUUUUAGCUAAUUGAAAGCAAGGUUGGGUAGUCCCAC